GUCACAUGUACUAAGUCAAUACUUGCCAGAAAUUCUUGCAACUUCUUUAGUGUUACUGUGGGCCUCUUGGGUGCCUCCCUGACCACUUUUCUUCAGCUUUGGAGUGACGUUAUUGGUAUUGUGACACUAUUUUCAUCACUUAAUGAUUGCUUUCUUCACCGGGAGGUGGGGUACACACUUAACUGGUUGCCAACCAAUCACAGGCGACAUAGAGACAGACAACAGUAGCACUCACUGUCAUGCUCCUGGCUUCCAGCCCGGGCUGGGCGUGGCCAGCCAAUCAGUAGACACACAGCUGCGCCUCAUGAACUCUAAUGACACCCAGUAUAUAUAGGACCCUGGGGACGACUGGUCCUUCGCCAGAUCGUUGCAACUCAUGCCCCGUUCCUGCACUCCCGUAUCUCUGAUCGUGAACCCAUGUGUACCGACCUCCGCCUGUUCUCUGACCGACCCCGUAAGCCUGAGUCCUUUGACACUUCUGCCUUCUUUGAUCGAUCUCCCGUGUACCGACUCCUGCCUGCCCGCGGACCUGCUCUCUACGCCCGAUGUCCUGACUACCGCUGCCGCACCUGACUGUCUGCCUGAUCCCCGACCUUGGAACAAUAAACGUUUUUCCCGAAUUACCUCUGAGUCUCCUGAGUCCUGCAUUUGGGUCCUACCUCCGUAUCGAUGGGUCGUGACAGAACGAUCUGGCCAAAACAGGGCCCAGCAUGAAAGAGCCGGCGUCACCGGGACCGACGCGAGGUAGACUGACUGCCGGAGGACCAAGCCUAUCCGAUCCGGGUAGGCUCCAUGAUGUCCUCCCCUUCCGUGUCACACGCUCCACCUGCGAGCUAUGAAUACGUUCCAACCAUGACCCAUCCAGCACCUCAAAUUCUUUUGGACUCUGAUUUUUCGGACUACGAGGAGGACCGUGAUUUAUAUGACCGGCUGCCUGAAUGAAUGAAUCUCUUCACCCGAUCUUUAAUCAGUUUGUUUCACCUCCCCACGUUUCCAGCUCCUGAGUGUCUUUGCUCGAUAGGCCCAAGUCCUCCAAUCCAUUUGUGGGAACCCGCUUGGCCAUUUACCCGAGUCCUCCGCGUGGUGGCGGGGGGAGACGCCUUGGCCGGGCACUCCCUUGUGCCUCCCACUGCACGGCAACAAAGACGACGUCCUCGUCCACCCACUCCUCACCGGCAAUGGUUAAACCAGGAGACCCGCAGCUGGUCGCGAAGCUUCCAGCCCAUAGGGAGGAGGGGCCGCUAAAUCACGAGGCUUUCUAUCAUGAAAUGCGAGUGGAAAUAGAGCGACAGAGCGCCGAACUGGCAGUCCUCACGGCCCAGGUCCGGCAAGGAUUAGAGAACCAGCAGAGCUACGCUGACGUUGCGGCUGCUACUGACUUGCUGCUGACUCAGGUUCACGCUGCAGUGGCUACGGAUCCACUACCGUGCAAGGUCCAUGUCACUGUGGCAAUGGACUCCCGGACAAGUCACGCACACCUCGCAGUAGCAACGGACCCGCUACCAAGGAAGGCUCAUGUCAUUUUUGCAACGAAUCCGCUCCCGAGACAUGCCCAAGUCGCGAUUUCAAUUGACUCGUUGCUGACUUAUGCUCACACGGCAGUGGCAACUGAUCCGCUCCCGAGAAACGCCCAUGUUGCGGUUUCAACUGACUCUCUGCUUACUCUCGUUCACGCUGCAGUGGCAAUGGACCCACUAUGGAGCAAGUUUCACAUUGCUGUGGCAACGGAUUCACCGCCACACCAUUCCCACGUUGCUGUGGCAACGGAUCCACCGCCGCGCCAUUCCCUCGUCGCUGUAUCAACAAAUUCUCUGCAAGCUCACGUGGCAGUGGAAACGGAUCCGCCACCUCGCCACUUUCACGUAGCGGCAGAUUCACUGCAGCGUCACACCUACGUCGCGGUCGUGACAGACGUCCGCACGACCGUCGUAGGAGAAUGGUGGAAUUGCCUUCCGAGGAUGGAGGGAAUUCAGAUCAAGAUGAGGUGAGCUAUUUUCCUCCAGUUAAGCGCGGGUGAACCUUAUCAUCCCCGUUGCUCCAUGCUCUUCCCAAUGAUGCAGUAGUGCCAAGGCGAACACCAAGGGAGCAAUAACGGAGCGCUGUGCCACCUGUUGGGGUUCAGGAGCCACUUUACAAGCCCUACGUUCCCCUCCAGGAGGUUGCGAUGGCUCCGCAGCCGCCUCACGUACCCGUCCAGGAGAUGGCGAUGGUUCUGCAGCUGCCUCACCUUCCUGUCCAGCAGACUGCAGCGAGGGUUCCCCAGCCGCCUCACCUUCUGUAAGAUAAGCUUACACAUUUCACAGAGGCCUGUGAAAUGUAUCUCCUCAUGUGUCAUAAAUCUUUUUUAAUUACUCUGUUGCUGUGCAGGGAUGUGUGUGUGUGCUGUUUAUCUAUGGGAAGUUUAAGAGCUCAAGGUGACUGCAAAUUUAUGAUAGUUGCAUUCUUGUGGGUUUUUGUAACAGGAAGAACUGUGUCUACUCAGAGGACACCCGGCCUUGAGAAGAUUAACUGUCUCUGUAUAACAACUUUACUUGUCUUGUGAAACCUCUCUCCCCCUCCCUAUGUGUGAAACUCAAUAAAAUGUGUGGUUUUGGGGGGACUCGGAGAGAGUCUUACGUGCGGGUGUGGAGGAUAUGUUCUGCUCCUCCAAGCUCUCCCUAAACUGCAGUUUAGUAAAAAAUAACUCUGCCUCUGUCUCAAUCAUUCUAUCCUGGUGCUGUGAGCUCCUGGGACCACAUUGAGCGAGAAGUCCGUGCUUUGGACCUAACAUUUUCUCUGGUGCCGAAACCCGGGACCCAACAGCUUGACGCCUGGAACGAUGCGGGAUCAACGAGACCAAGAAUCUGGUACCAGUGUCCUCCAUUGAAGGAUCGGUGGCAUCGCUGAUCCAGCGCCGGACCGGACCGUCGGGUGACGGGUCCCAACGGACCAGGGCCACGGCACUGAGGUAGGAUAAAACUUAUUUGGUCUCAUAGGAUGGUUAUAUGGUAUAACUUAACAUCUAAAAAUAAAAUAGAGCGGAAAUAAACCCAGAUUUAACAAGUAGUAAAAUUACAUUAAAAUAGGAGACUAAAAGUGGUGUGUGAGGACCGCUCCGAUACUUCCUGCCUUUUAAAACUUGUCUCUAGGUGAGACCAAGCAGAAUAGGUUUCUGCAUACGCGUAAAAUACGUGUUAGUCUCUAGGUGAGACCAAGCAGAAUAGGUUUCUGCAUACACGAAGUUUCUAGGUGAAACUAAAAUAGAGUAAACGCUGCAGGACGCUGCACAAGUGAGAGGAGGAGGAAGUUUGUGAGCCCCAACCAAACCCGUCAAAAUUCAGAAUUUUCUAAAAUAAAUCUCGCCUUAGGAGCAACAAAGGACAAAAAAAAAUGGGACAAGCAGAGACAAAAGAGGUGACUGAACCUCCUGAUGUGAAAUUUAUGCAGAGACAUCAUCCGGGUAGUUGUAUUUGAAAAAAUGGGUCAAUAAAUAUUAUUUCCGACCCAAUCUUAAAGAUCCGGAAGAAAUUAAGAGAUUAAAAGCAUGCAUAAAAACUCGAUGGGAAGAAAAGGUGAGAAAGGGAAAGAAGACAGGGAAAGUUGAGAUGGAAUUAAGUAAGUUGAAAAUUUGGGAAGACCAGUGUGUUAAAAGGCAGAGAGAUAUAAAAGAAAAAGAACAAAGAAAAAGAGAGAGACGAGAAAGACAAAGAGGGGGGUUGAUUGCCGCCCUUGGCAUCAAGCCAGAUGAAGAAACAGCCGCGCCACAAAGGAGAGCAGCAACAGGAAACGCACACCAGCAAGCUGCAAGCGCAAAAGGAAGUGAAACCACCCGAGCGGUGAGCCAAAGCCCAACAGAAGGCGGGGCUGAAGAGGAAGAAGAAAACUUGGGAGAGACAACGGAUCCUGCAGCCCCUGUAUUUUCGCAGAUCACCACCAGAGGGGGACGUCGGAGGACUGAUGAGACAAAAGUGAAGAUCUACCCCAGCUUAUCUGAUUGGCAGGAGCAGACCCCAGCAAGGAAACAACGCCACCCAGCGGGGCCAAGUGGAACUACAAGUGGAGCUGCAGAGAUGUACCCACUGUAUGCUGUUGCCAAUCCUCAUUAUGGGAUGGAUGGAGAUAACGAACCCACCAUCCUAGUGCCAAGGCCAUGGACAGCAACUGAAUGUUCUGAAGCCUGUACAGGCCUGGGGGAUCCAGAGACAGACCCAGUUUCUUGGUGUUCUAAUUUCAGAGAACUAAAAAGCUCUUUUCACCUUAAUGGGACUGAAGUGGAGACAGCAUUCAAGACAGCGCUGAAAUCGUUGGGGAAGAGUGAGAGGAAAUUUUAACCCCCGUGGAGGAAACAAUGGACCAAUCCUACGCCCAGAUGACCCCCUCCUGACUACCAGGAUGGAUGAAGUACUGGAGCGAGUAAUGACAGCUUACCAGAAGCCACCAGAUUACAGCAAAAUCAGACAGUGCCGCCAGAAACCAGAAGAAUCAGUCCAUGAUUUCAAGAUCAGACUGGAAGGAAUAUUCAAAACCAACAGUGGGCUGCCUGAAGAUGCUAACGACAAUGGUCCCUACCACAGCCAGCUAAGACAAUGCCUUAUGGACGGUUUCCAACCACACAUCAGAAGGGAAUGGACAGCACAACAGCCAUGGCAGCGCUGACUGCAGCCAUAAGAGGAAUGGCGACGUCUACUGAGACACACGAGUCCUCUGAGGUGUACGCUAUGCAAAGAAGAGGUCAAAGAAGAGGUCAAGGUCAACAAAAAGGGGGACCAAGCCUGAAGUGCUACAACUGUGGGAAACCAGGACACCUGACUAGAGAAUGCAGGAGUCCCAAGAAGUGUUUCAACUGCCAGAAAGAGGGACACAUGGCACGUGAAUGCCCCCUCCCGGACAGCCGGAAGGGAGGGAGCAACCGAGGACCAUCAAGAGACCCCCCAUUCAAUCCACAAUAUGAUCAAUGACUAUUAGAGGGAGAGGAAGAUGAGGGUGAUGAGCCAGAAGAACCACCAGACCCGGAGGAAGCAUCAUCAAUCCAAGUUUUCAACCUCUCCAUCUUAAAUCUGGAAGACCGCUUAAGACCCAAACCAUUUCGGUGGCUCAAAGUUGGGCCAUUUAAAAAACCAACAAAAUUUUUAUGUGACACUGGAGCAGACCAUUCGGUCCUGAUAGAUCCAGUUAAGGGAGUAAAAGCUUCCAGAAGACAAAUCAUAGUGAUAGGAGCUGGAGGCCUAGCACAACGCGAACUAUGGUCUCACCCGGUGUUGGUAGAGGAUGAAGAUGGCCAACAAAUUGAAACAAAGUUUGUUAUGAGCAACACCUGCCCUGUGAAUCUAAUGGGCAGAGACCUAUUGACAGCACUGAGAAUAAACCUGAUUGCCACGGAAGAUGUGAUCAAACCAAUCAAAUCUAUGGAACAGAUGGACGCCUGUGUCAGCCAAGGAAACGGACCACCGGAUGAAUUUUAUUCACUGGACCUUGACAACGUUGGUCCAACCUCAGUUGUCCAUGACCUAGAAAGAACUGCAACACAGAUGACAGACGAAGAACAAUACAGGCUAUGCAGUGGUAACAGAAGAGGCAAUACUCAAAGCGGGAAAGCUCCCUGGCGACUGGUCAGCGCAGGUAGCAGAAAUCGUGGCACUCACAGAAGCAUGCAAACUCUUCCAAGGUCAAGAGGUCACGAUAUAUACGGACAGCCAAUAUGCCUAUACAACGCUCCACGUCUUUGCUGCACAAUGGGCCAGGAGAGGCAUGCAAACAUCAAGUGGAAAACCAGUCCAGCAUGCUGACCUGCUCAAAGCCUUACUCCAAGCAGUUCUACUCCCAAGGAGAAUUGCUGUCUGUAAGUGCAAAGCCCACACGAAAGCCACAGAUCCAGUCUCCCAAGGGAAUGCUAAAGCUGACCAAGCAGCAAAACAAGCAGCGAUGGGAACCAGCCACACCUAUGUUCAAGAAGAAGCAGACAGCACAGAUGAAGACAAGUGUGAACGAACGACACAUCCUUCGCAGAAGCAAGACAUCAUCCCUCUCCAAGUUCUGAAGGACAUGCAGGACAAUGCCCCGCCGAAUGAAAAGCAACAGUGGACUGCAGCAGGAGCAAAAAUGGACUGCCUGGGCAUUUACAGAGUUUUGGACAAACCCUGCAUCCCUCGGAGUCUUUUUCAAGCAGUGGCUAAAUUGAGUCAUGGGCCAAGCCAUGUCUCAACAGGGGGGAUGGUGGGGAUAGUAGAAAAUAACUUCUACUGUACCAAAGGCCUCGUUACCUAUUUUAAAAAUUUUUGCAGAUCGUGCCUAACAUGCUGCAAACACAAUGCUCAGGGAAAUGUCAGACCUACAAGAGGGAAGUGCCCACAAGGGUCUUACCCAUUUGAAAUCAUCCACAUGGAUUUCAUAGAACUGAACAGAUCCGGUCCACACAAAUACUGCUUAGUAAUAGUGGACUCAUUCUCAAAAUGGGUAGAAAUCUUCCCAGCAAAAAAGCCAGAUGCACUGACAGUAGCAAAAGCUAUAUGUAAAAACAUCAUCCCAGAUCACGGUAUUCCAAGAGUUAUUUGGAGUGACAAUGGGUCACAUUUUGUUAACCAAAUUAUUGGAGAAAUGGCCCAACAUCUAGGGAUCAGCCUAAAACAUCACUGUGCUUAUCAUCCACAGAGUGCAGGACGAGUGGAGAGAACUAAUGGCACUAUCAAACUUAGACUCAAAAAGACCAUGGAAGAAACAGGGAAACCAUGGCCAGAGUGUUUGCCCUUAGUCAAAACAUACAUGAGAAUAGUUCCAACAGUAACAGGCAUCACACCUUUUGAAGCAGUAAAAGGAAGACCUUUUCAUCUUCCAUUAUGGGAAGCGUCGGGAGUACAGGAGGAAAAAGGGGAACUUGACCCCAUGACAGACUGGCUGCUUAGACUUUUCCAAAAUGACAAUGUGAAAAGAGCAAAUGAUCUGCCAGGUCCUUCUCUCCCUUCCACACAGGAAUCGCUGACUCCAGGAGACCAGGUGCUGAUAAAGGUCAUCAAGAGGAAGUGCUGGUCCAGCCUGAGGUGGGAAGGCCCAUUCACAGUGCUCCUGACCACACCCACAGCCGUCAAAAUCACGGAGAGAGAGACGUGGAUUCACCAGUCCCACACCAAAAAGGUCCAUCCUGUCACUUAAAGCAGCUACUAUGGUGACGACCCGGUGUAAAUACUGACUGAUUUCCUACUGUCUACGGGUGCGGUACUGAGAACCAAACCCCACCGGUGAGGACAUGUGCUAGUAACCUCUGUCCUCCGCUUUCUUUCCCUCUUUAUUUAGGUUUACUGUGUUCUCUGCCAUUUUUUAUUUUGAUUCCCUUCUCAGCCAGGCCAGGAGGCUGUCGCUCCAAGCGGAGGGCAGGGGAGGAAUUUUUCCCUAUUAAGAGGGUUUUCGCCUCCCCUUGACUGGGUACCUAUGUUGUGCAUUAUUAUGAUGUUGUGCUCUAAAACAUGUUAUAGGACUGAGCUCAAUUGAUGUUCCAAAAAUCCACAACAGGGGGGAAAUGUAAGAUAAGCUUACACAUUUCACAGAGGCCUGUGAAAUGUAUCUCCUCAUGUGUCAUAAAUCUUUUUUAAUUACUCUGUUGCUGUGCAGGGAUGUGUGUGUGUGCUGUUUAUCUAUGGGAAGUUUAAGAGCUCAAGGUGACUGCAAAUUUAUGAUAGUUGCAUUCUUGUGGGUUUUUGUAACAGGAAGAACUGUGUCUACUCAGAGGACACCCGGCCUUGAGAAGAUUAACUGUCUCUGUAUAACAACUUUACUUGUCUUGUGAAACCUCUCUCCCCCUCCCUAUGUGUGAAACUCAAUAAAAUGUGUGGUUUUGGGGGGACUCGGAGAGAGUCUUACGUGCGGGUGUGGAGGAUAUGUUCUGCUCCUCCAAGCUCUCCCUAAACUGCAGUUUAGUAAAAAAUAACUCUGCCUCUGUCUCAAUCAUUCUAUCCUGGUGCUGUGAGCUCCUGGGACCACAUUGAGCGAGAAGUCCAUGCUUUGGACCUAACACCUUCCUGUCCACCAAACGGCGGCGAGGGUUCCUCAGCUGCCUCACGUUCCUGUCCAGCAGACGGCUAUGGCGCCGCCUCAUGUUCCCCUCCAGGAGGUGGUGGCGUUGCCGCCGGCUCACGUUCCCGUCCAGGAGGUGGCGAUGGCUCCGUAGCCGCCUCACGUGGCUGUUCAGGAGGUGGCGACGGCUCCACAGCCACCUCUCGUCCAUGUCCAGGAGUACCGGCGGCGACCGGUCCGUGGCCAUUCAACGCUCCUGCUUCGUCGGCGACCGGCCCGAGGCUGCCUCACGCUCCUGCUUCGUCAGCGAUCUGUCCGCAGCUGCC